AUGUGGCAUUUUUAAGUCCCAUAUUAAGCUCUUUUAAAGGAUCUAUUUCAAAGUUUUAUAUAUAUCAAUAGGAAUCUUUAAAAUUUACAUAUAUUUAAUAAAAAUAAACCAAUCAAUUUUUAUGAGCAAUAUAAAGUUAUAUAAUUAUAGAAAUAAUUAGAUUACAAGAAGAUUAGAAUAAAGUGAUUUAAGAUCGGCUUACAAAAGAGUCAUGUUAGAAUACCAUCCUGAUCGUAAUACUUAAAUUACGCCAGAAUAAUUUAAUUUUUUUAAAAAUAUAAAUGAAAUAUUGAAAUAAAAUGAAGCAAGAUUAUGUAAUGAAUUUGUUUAUUUUAGAAUUUGAACAAUUUGGCAUUGUUGAAGAAAAUAAUAUCAACCCACAACCAGCAAUAUUAUAUAUAGAAUAAGGCUAACAAGAUUAUUCUUUUGUAUGAUUUUAUUUUUGAUAAUGUUAGUGAAAACUUAAGAUAAGAAGAAGGAUUCAAAAUAAUUGACAAUAUUGGUUUAAUUUUAGGUCAUAUAGACUUUUAGUU